AUGUCGGCGCCAAUUGCACCAACCCCGAAAAACAGACCGGGCACUGCCGGAGCCGCCGGGUACUCCUCCCACCCAUCUAUGGCAUUCUCAUGCCAGACAUGCGCCCGUCGCAAGGUCAAGUGCGACAAGUCGACACCCCUAUGCUCCAGCUGUCGAAAAGGCAGGUUAGAAUGCGUCUACGAAGCUCCGGCGCCGCGUGCGCGGAAGCGGAAGCCAGGUGAGGCGGGUGCUGAUGACGUUUACGAGAGGCUGGCGCGGUACGAGCGCGUGCUACGCCGACACGGCUUGCUGGAAGCUGCUGGCGCGUCGCCUGCAGCCGAGAAGGACGUGGAGGCGGCCGAGGACCCGAUCUUCCCACUCUGGAAUCUUCCGUCUGGCAAGCUUGUUGUCGGUCAAGGGAACUCGAGGUAUGUCAACAGCCACCUAUGGCGCAACCUUGGGGACGACGAGAUGGAGCGCAUGGGCGAUGAGCAUGCCGCUCAUCAUGAUGACGAUGACGACGCGGCGGACGAAGAAGAUGGGGCCGUGGGCAUCGUUGAGGGCCCUGCAUCUGAUCCUUUGACGGGAGCAUUCCUGGGCGGACAACAUCGCGAUCUCCUCAAGCAUCACCCAACCCAUGCAGAGGCCAUGAUCUUGUGGGCGAUAUAUGUGGAUAAUGUCGAGCCUCUACUGAAAGUACUGCACGUUCCUUCAGUGGCCAAGACGAUAGACACUCUUUCGAAACAACCGGGACAGGCAAACAAAGCUGACGAAUGCCUCGUCUUUGCCAUCUACCACUUUGCGAUCGUGUCCAUGUCGGACGAAGAAUGCCUCCAGAAGCUGGGGUCGACCUCACGCGAGGUCCUGCUUCAGCGCUAUAACCUAGCAACACGCCAGGCUCUCGUCAACGCAUCUUUCCUCAGCACGACAGCCAUGACCGUGUUGCAGGCCCUUGUUCUCCAUCUCGUCUGCUGUCGGAAUGAGUACGAUCCCCACACGUUCUGGAUCCUGACCGGCGUCGCAACCCGGAUUGCCCAGCGAAUGGGUUUGCACCGCGAUGGGGAGGUGCAGGGCCUCUCGCCGUUUGACGUACAGAUGCGACGACGGCUAUUCUUCCAGAUUCUCCCGCUCGAUGGCGCAUCCAGCCGUAUGGCGGGAGUGGGCGUCUCGAUUCCCGACGACUGGGACACUCGGCAGCCACUCAACAUUGACGACGAACAGAUUUGGUCGACCAUGACGGAAGCGCCAGUAGCGCGAGAAGGAGCAACAGAGAUGAUGUUUUGUCUCGCGCGGUCGUCUCUUGGAUCCUUCAUCGCGAAGCCAGGGAAGUCAGUGGAUGCGUCAAAGCAUCUGGAUGACCGAGCCCGCGAGUGGGCGAUCAAGGAAGCAGAAAAGGAGGUCGAGGAGCGUUACAUUCGCUACUGCGAUUUCGUGAACCCGCUUCACAUGCUGACCAUCAGCUCUGUGCGAGCUGGGAUCACGGCUAUGAGGCUGCGGAUUCGCUUACAAAAGGUUAAGAACCAAAACGCAACGCCUUCGGAGCGCGUGGACCUUUUCAGGCUUGCACAGAGAAUCCUUGACACAGAUGCAGCGGUCCUGGCGCAUGCCGGCCUAGACCGAUUUCGAUGUCACAAGAUGGAAAGGGAGGAAGCCUGGGACAAGCUGGAAGAGCUAUGCCGCAACCACACCGAGUUGGCCCAACCCGAACGAGCGUUGUAUUUGUCAUUCGGGCGACUUUUUGUCAAAGCGUGGGAUGCUUGCCAUGAUCCCUUGAUCAAUUACAAGUCGGAGCCAGUUUUCAUCUCGACAUUGCGAUGCUAUUGCGAGGCUGGCUCUUUCGCAUGCCUCCAAGAAGCACAAACAGAAGAUUGA